AUGGCUGCUGCUGCUGAGAGCCCCAGGAAGAGGCUUCAAGAGGAAGCGAUUUGCUCCGUUUGCCUGGACUUUUUCGCCGAUCCGGUGACUCUCGACUGCGGGCACAACUUUUGCCAGGCCUGCAUCGGGCAGUGGUGGGGCCAUGCGCCCGCCACACACACGGCCAGGGACGCCCCCUGUCCGCAGUGUCAAGCCAGAGUUCAGCGGCGGAGCCUCCAGCCCAACAGGCAGCUGGCCAACAUGGUGGAGAUCGCCAAAGAGCUGAGCCUGCCGGUGAAAGCAGAGGGCGGAGGAUGGGCAGUCUGCCAGGGGCACCAGGAGCCCCUGAACCUCUUCUGCAAGGCCGACGCGGCGCCCAUCUGCGUGGUGUGCGAGAGGUCCCAGGCGCACCGAGCUCACGACGUGGUUCCCUUGCAGGAGGCUGCCCGGGAGUGCGAGGAUCACAUUUGUAGCUGCCUGGAGACUCUGAGGAAGGAGAGAGAGAAAUUUCUGGUAUCUAGAGCAGACGUGGAAAAGGAAAGCCAAGACCUGCUGAAGCAAAUGAAAGCCGAGAAGGAAAAGACAGUGGAGCAGUUCCAACAACUGUACCAGUUUCUGGAAGAACAAGAGAAGCUUCGCCUGGUCCAGAUGACCAAGUUGGAACACGAAAUCGCAUGGAAACGGGAUGAGCACUUGGCCAAGAUCUCGAAGAAGCUCUCUUCGGUGGAAAGAACGAUGCAGGAAAUGGAGGGGAAACGUCAACAGUCAGCCAAUGAACUCCUGCAGGAUAUGAAAGACAACUUGAAGAAGUGUGAGGAGAAUAAGUUUGAGAAAUCUGUGGUUUUCUCCCCUGCACUGAAGUGGAGGAUCCGGGACCAAUCUGAUAUAAACCUCUUUCUAGGGGGUUUCCUGAAGCAGUUCCAAGACACUCUGAUAUCUGGAUUUCAGCUGAAGAAAGCAAAAGUAACUCUGGAUCCAGACACAGCGAAUCCCCGGCUCAUCCUGUCUGCGGGUCAAAAAAGUGCAAGGCUUGGAGAGGAACGUCAAAUUCUGCCCCCAAAUCUGAACAGAUUUGACAGCGUGCCGUUUGUGUUGGGAAGUCAAGGGUUCACAGCAGGCAGACAUUUCUGGGAUGUCAUUGUGGGGAUCGAGGAAAACUGGUCUGUGGGGGUGGCCAGAAAGUCUGUGAGGAGGAAGGGAGAGUUCAUUCCUAGUCCUCAGGAAGGCAUCUGGCAUAUCGGGAAGUGGGAUGGUGAGUACAGGGCCUCCUUUUUCUCACCCAGAUUUCAUUUGUCCCCAAGGGAGGACCCCAAGAGGAUCCGUGUGAGUUUAAACUAUGAAGCGGGAUGGGUGGACUUUCAUGAUGCUGAUACAGCGGCCCUGAUCUUUGCAUACUUAGCAGGCCCGUUCUCUGGGGAGACCCUUCUCCCCUUCUUUAGGGUGUGGGGGAAAGCCCAACUGAUCCUCUCUCCUUAAGCUGGUCAAAGGGUGGGGACAGACGUACAUG